AUGUCGAUAGGUGAAAAGUUUAAUGAAGCCCUUUAUUGGCUGAAAGAAGAAUUGGAUGAAAUACUUAAAGAAGUAGAACUAGAAAAAAGCGAAAUAAUUUUAAGUGAAAUAUGUACGAAGAUUAAUGAAAAAAUGAAAAGUAUGAACAGUAGUGAAUCCUUAGACUUGUAUAAUGAAAAAGCAAAGGAACCAAUAGAACAUGCAAAUUUAAUAUCUUGGCAAAAGUUGAAUUAUUGUAUAUUUCAUUAUGUUCAUUUAUACAAUAAAAUACAUGAAAAAUUGCUAAUUGAAGAGGAUGAUUUUUAUUUUACUUUUGAUUCAAAUAAUUAUUACGUGAGGAAAAAAUUUAAGCAUAGUCUGGCAUUUCAUCCGUUGGUAUAUACCAUCGAUGCUGCGUACUUCAAUCUUUUGUUUUCCUUUAUUUCUGGGGGCGUCAACAGGGAUGGCUGUGGUAUUGAUCACUAUAGUGAUCAUGAACAUGAACAUGAACAUGAUCAUGAUCAUGAUCAUAAUAAUAAUAAUAAUAAUAAUAAUAAUAAUAAUAAUAAUAAUAAUAAUAAUAAUGGCGAUGACUAUUUUCAUUGCAGUAGUGUCUAUUACUCUGAUCAUGAUGACCAUCAAAAUAGACGUGCUUUAGUGGAUGCACACAACAGGAAUGACGACCACCCAAGUAAGGAUAAUGCAAACAGAGGAAAUAUCUUUGACCACCUUAGCAUGUAUAAAUGUUCGAGUAAUAAGUGGUGUGGUAAUAGUAACUACAUUACAAAUAUCAUCAUUGAUCAGUCUUUACACAAAACGGGGUGCUCUACUACAGAACGGAUGACUAGAGGAGAUAAAAUAAAAAAAAAGGCAAAAAAUGAGGUGCACAUUUUUGAGCAAAAAAAAGAGAAAAAAAAAAAAAAAUUCAAAAAAGUCAGUAAAUGCAAAAUAAAGUACAUAUACAACGAUGAUAUAAAAUAUAAACAAAACUUUAUUAUAACAGAGGAGUCCUACGCAUCCCUGAGUGAACGGUUCCCCAAAAUUUUUGAUAUUACCAAAUACAUAGAAAGAAACACUCAAAUGUUAUACAACUUUGGUGUAAAGAAGCAGGUCGAGUGGGUAAAUUCGCCAAGUGGAAAAGAAAUCCCGGCAGAUGUAGAAGCGGGGGCAGAUAUAGAAGCGGGGGCAGAUGUAGAAGCGGGGGCAGAUGUAGAAGCGGGGGCAGAUAUAGAAGCUGGGGCAGAUAUAGAAGCCAGAGCAGAUGUAGAAGCCAGAGCAGAUGUAGAAGCCGGGGCAGAUGUAGAAUCCGGGGCAGAUAUAGAAUCCAUAGAACACCCAGGUGAAGUAAGAAGCAAGUGCGUCCUUCAACCGCCAUGCACGCGUAACAACUGUGCUCGGACGGGUUUGCAACUUUUGGAUGAAAAUCAUGCUCAGAAAAAAGAUAUGCAGCUAAAGGGUGAGAAAAACAAACGUAGAAGAAAUGUGGAAGAAAAAGAAUGGAAUAAGAAUAAGACAUAUCUAAAUGAUAUAUACACACGAACAGUGCAAAAUAACAUGUAUACGGUUGAGCCUAAUAUGAAUGAAAAGAUUAAAGUGUAUAACGGUGAUAUAACAAGUAUUAGGUGUAACGCUAUAGUAUUAUUUGCAAAUAAUAAUUAUAAAUAUUCAAAAAAUGUGUGUGAAAAUUUAUAUUCAUCAAACUUAAUGAAACUUGAAGAAGAAGAAAAAUUGGAAAUAAAAAUGCAGAAGAGUGGUGAGGUCUAUAUAACAACGAGUUAUGACAGUAUUCAUAAAUACAUCCUGCAUGCAAUGCUACCAAAAUAUAACAGCAAAUUUGUUUUAGCAACUCAUAAUACUAUGAAUUUAUGUGUUCAAGAAAUUUUAUAUAGAUGUUUUGAAAAACAAAUACAGUCUAUAUCAAUUCCAGUAGUAUCUUUUCAUUUAUUUUUUCCGAUUAACAUCUUUUUAAUAACAUUACUAAAGAGCAUACGAUCUCUUUUAAUUCAACCACACUUUUACAAUACUGUUAAAACGAUAGUAUUAGUAACGAAUUCUAAUGAUAUAUAUUUUCUUUUAUUAAAAUAUAUGUCCAUAUUUUUCCCUAGGUGUAGUCAGGAAUCGUUUUUAUCAACUAACAUUGCCAUUUUGGGAAACAAGUUCGGCUCGAUCGACGUGCAGAAUAGGAGCAUACCCAUAUUUAGAAGCUUUAGGAAAGUGAUGCAUAUGAACAGGGGCAGCAGAACUAGGCGUAGAAGGAGGCAUGGUGGUAGAUAUGAAAGAAGAUGUGGAAGCAGGCGUGGUAGGGGAUGUUGCAGCGAACAUUGCAGUGCAGAUGAGAAAAAUAUUCAUCAUCCAAGUGCAGGAGAUGCAGAUUUUCCAGAAUGGGAUUUAAAAAAAAGGCAUUCCUUGCAAAAUGGCCCAGUUGGGGGAAAUUACACCGAUUUGUCGUACUCAUCAUGCUCUUCUUAUAUGGCAGAUGCAUCUCAUAUGUCAUACUCCUCAUCUGCUACUUCCUCGUACUCAUCUACCUCUUCUUUUUGCUCCCCUUCAAGCAUCUCUUCCUCCUCGGAAAUAUUCAAAGAAGCAGAUGCCGAAUUCUUAAAUUUGCGCAGUGAAAACGAAGGCCAUAAGAAUUUUUUCAACUUGAAUCAAAUAAACAGAGGAGAAGACACGAUGAACUUAGAAUGCUGCCUAAGAUUAAGUUACAUGUAUGAUAAGAAGGAAAAAUUUAAAGAACUAAAAGAUACUUAUUUUGUUUAUGACUACGGAUUUGACGAACUGGGAAGGAAUACAAUCAUAAUAAAUUUUUUUAAUUUUCCGUUGGUAUAUAACUACAAUUUAUUAUUCUUUUAUUUGAUAUUUUAUUUUAAUAUUUUUAUGAGGAACCAUUUUGUACUUUUAUUUAUUUUCUCUGAAAAAAUUUCGUCAAAUAUAACAAAAGUUUUGUCAUUAUUUAAAGACAUUUUUCAAGUAAUUCAAGAAUUUCUAAAAAAUUUGAAAAUUAUUUAUUUUUUUAACUAUUCGUUGAUAUUUAAAUUUUUCAUAUAUAUCCUCUACCCCUUCAUUCCGUCCACCAUAUAUGAAAACAUUAUAUACUUGAAUGAUAACGCGGAAUUGUCCAAAUAUUUUGACAUUAAAAAGGUCUUAAGAAAAUGCUAA